GUACAAUUGGGCGCUAUAUCGAGAUCCACGUUCGCAAUCGUAAAAUGGCAGGAAUGGAGUGGGAUAUGGUCGAUCCUAUCGAAGCCAAAAUAAUAGUUUUCUCGGGGGAUUCAACUGGGAUUUGGAGCUUUUGGCUUUCCCUGGUAUUUCUGGAAAAACUUGGUUGUAUAAUUUUAACACCAAGUGGAGAAGUCCAAAGAUGCCAAGCGAAAUUUGCCCUGAAGGUGACAAGGUUCUAUUUAUCCGGUCUGAUACUACUCAGGCACCUUCGUUACAGGCUACCUAGUUCGGAAUCCUUGUUGAAUAGGGAAUUCGAGAGCUAUGGCACAACCUGCAGCCGAUAAGGAAUGUAAAACACCGAGAUGGUGAGGGAAAAGCGGGGGAAAACGGCUGCGAAACACACAUAUCAUGCAGCUCUCCAUUUAAAUAGCCACAAUUAGCUCGUGUUGGAUCAGCUCCCCUGCAGUCUCAAAAUCUCAAACAUGGGGCUCCGAAGGGAGGUGUUCGCGCACGAUAGCUAGUCAAAGAGGAAGACAACCUGGUUACAACGUUUAAUUUACAGAGUAGAGAAGAGAGGGCUUGGUAACGAGCCAGCACUAUACAAUCAUUACAUGCUUGGCCAUCAUUUUUAUCUUCUUGUUCCCCAUCCGUGGCUGAAGAACCUGUCGGCACCAACAUUGGGGAAAAGAGAUAUUAAUGGUUGGUGGAUCAUCUUCGGCGAUGUAGAAGUUUAUGAUAAACUGCUGCACAGUUCUUCUAACUAGCAGCUGCUGAGAAGCAGAAUGCGUGCGAGAAUGCAAAGACUAAGGCAUCACUCACUACUCUUGCUCCAAGCAAAGCCGAACCAUUCUGACGCCUGCCAACUACCUCCAGAGAAGCAUUCUCUCUUUUUUCCGCGCCCCCUCUCCAUUCGUCCUUCAUUUUGAGGAUUCACACCAUCGUUUAUUUCCGAUUGCAGUUUGUGCCACUGCUUGUGGACAAAAACCUACAGCAUAUCCAUUGCGCCAGCUAUCCGCCCUACCCAGUGUAAACGAACGGUGUUUCGAGCCUUGCAAGAGCCCCGCGCGGAUGAGGGGCUCCGCAUUGCACGAGAGUUGCGAUGCUUGCCACAGCGUGUAAGCCUAACCCAACCUGGAGGCCGGGUGGGCAUAACGCGGAUUUUGCACGGUCUGAACUGAACCUGGCAGCUUCAAAACCCCCCUUUGGGCGGAGCACUGAAUGAAUGUGCCUGAUUUGAAUGUGGCGCCGCCCUUCUUUUGACGGACUGCGCCGAGAACUCUUCUAGUGCCAUGCUCACUUCCAAGUUCCCACUCUCAUUGCUCUCGUCUUCGUGGCCCAUGUACACAGUAGGGUAGGGGAAUUCUGUGGAUUCCGGCGCGUAGCCCGAGGAAUCCUUGUUGAAAUGGCUCGGAAUAUUUAGGGAAUGUUGAGGAAAGUCUCUCUGCCGGACCUUGAGAAGUAUUCACUGUUUAUUUUUACUUGUGACAGCUGAUGAUCAUGGAUUUUGGCAAGUUAAACUGGGGUAUCUUGGUGCACAGAUGUUUAACUAAUCUGUUGAGGUUAUUGAUCCCUGAUACUUUCAUGCCUCCCUUAAAGCUGACGAUACAGUACCUUGGAUAUAUAUGAGCAUUUGCAAUGUGAUAUGCAUACAUCUGUACUUGGUGCACCUCACCACAACACUAACUACUUCUUCAAAAUAGGUACCUUUUGUGUGGGUUAUCUCAUGCAUGUUUUUAGAAUAUACUAUAUCUUCGAUGCAACAUCAGAUAUGAGUAGAAUAUUAAAG